AUGAAGCGCUGGCAGCUUUUUGUCCUCUGGGUCUUUUGGGUGCUUACCUUGUGGAUAAUGGCCCCUUACCUGGAUCUGUCACCUGAAUCAACACUCCAGAAAAAACAAAUGGACUUGGUACCCUGGCGUUGCAACUGCUCUUGGUCCAAAUUUGGGAAGAAGUGCGGCUGCCCUCCCGGGACCUUAAACUGCUCCUCCUGCUGCCACACAGUCGGAGAAUGGAACUGGUUUGAUGGCUGCUACAAGAAGACUAUGGGGUACCUGAUAAGGACAAACGAGCAUACGACCUCUGACCCUGUGGUCUGGUGGCUGAUCAGGGUCAGAUGUGAGGACCCAAACCACAGGACUGCUCAUUGUCCCUGCAAUGCCAGUGACCAGGGUUCCUGGGGGCAGCCGGCACUGCAGCUGCUGGAGCGGUCCCCUCUGGUGUGGAUUUCAGAUGCUCUGAGUGACGAAGUUUUGGAAGACGGUCUGGCUCCCUAG